AUGUCCGCAAUCGGACGGCCAGCCGUUGACGGCAGGCGCGCGACGGCGCAUCAGGCGGUGAUGAAUGCGACCGUCGUGACCUUCAUCCGUCUUUCUCACGCAGACGGGCUCGAUCUUCCCGCCUAUGCCACCGAGGGCGCGGCCGGCAUGGACAUCCGCGCCGCCGUGCCGGACGAUGUGCCGUUCGUUCUGGCGCCCGGUGAACGGGCUGCGGUGCCCACCGGUUUCGUCAUGGUGGUUCCCGAUGGAUUCGAGGGGCAGAUCCGCCCCCGUUCGGGCCUCGCCGUCCGUCACGGCGUCACCUGCCUGAACACGCCGGGCACGAUCGACAGCGACUAUCGAGGCGAGGUGCAUGUGCUGCUGAUCAAUCUCGGCCACGACGUCUUCGAGAUCACGCGCGGCAUGCGCAUCGCGCAGAUCGUCAUCGCGCCGGCGGUCCGGGCGGCGACCGCCGAGACGACCGAGCCGCCGGACGCGACCGGGCGUGGUGCCGGUGGCUUCGGAUCCACCGGCACCCAUUGA